AGUAAAUGGUGUAAAAGAGGGCAGAGGGGAGGUGCUUUUUUCGGAAAAACAUUGAUAUCAUACAAAGUUAAACCAGUCAAUGGCUUAAAAACCAUCAGAUAAAUAUUCAAGUUUCAAUUUUGCUCAGAAUUGUUACGAGAAAUAUCUACCUUGAAUAUGGAAGAAGAUGAUGAGGGCAGAACAAUAUUGGUGUCAGGAGUCCCAACUGAUUUCCGUUUGGAAGCCAUUCAGCAUUAUUUUGAGAACAAGAGUAGAUCAAAUGGAGGACCUAUUAAAGGAAACCCAAAAUGGAUUGGAGAUUCUGGCAAAAUUAUCAUCACAUUUCAAUUGGCAAAAGAUGCAGAAAAUGUUGUCCAAAGGAAGGUCCAUAAUAUAGGCAAAUAUAAACUUCAUGUGAACUGGUAUAAAAUUCUAAUUUGGCAAGAAGAUGCAAUGAUUGUGUCAAAUGGCCACAAAGACAUGUCUGAAGAAAUGUUGAUUGACUUUUUGGAAAAGAAAGGAAAAUUAGAUGUUGUAUAUGUUUCCCCUAGAAGAAAACCUGGAACUUUUCUUGUGUAUUGCCAAAAUGAAAUUGAUUUUGAAUAUGUUAAGAAGAUGUGCCAAAAAAACCUCUUGAAUGGAAAUCAACUGAAAGUGGAUAGAAUUGAGGAAAUAAACAGUGUUCAAGUGAAAACAGUUUCUUCAAAUGUCAGCUUUGAGAGUCUUAAAAGCUAUUUUAGAUACAGGGAAAGAAGUUCUGGUGGAGAUAUUUCUUCAAUACAACAACAAACCAGUGACACUUACAUUGUAAGUUUUAAAGAGAAAUCUGAAACCACGUCACUAAACACAUCCCUUCUUGGUCCACAACGGAAAGCAGCCCCUAUGCCACCCAGAACUAAUGAGACGUCCACAGAAACUGUUGAUGGAGUUAAAAUAAACCUAAUGAUUGGUUCAAUUUCUAAUGCGUCUGUUGAUGUCAUCGUUAACAGCACCAAUAAAUAUCUCCAGCUUAAUGAUGGUUCUAUCUCCAAAUUUAUUCUCAAUGCCGCUGGUCCUCAGAUGCAAGUUGAAUGUAGCCAGAAAUAUCCUCAAGGUAUUUCUACAUGUAAAAUAGCCAUCACUAAAGGAUAUAACCUCAGCUGUAAGAAUGUAUUUCAUCUGACAUUACCUCCCUGGGGUAAAAAUUCUUCUCAUUUAACUCUGGCAAACUUGACUCAAAUAAUAACCAUUUGUCUCCAUACUGCUGAGAGAAUGGGAGCAAAAAGCCUUGCAUUUCCUAUAUUAGGGGCCGGGGUAUUGAAGUACCCCAUUAAAAAACUACCCAGAACAAUGUAUAAAGCAGUGAAAAACUACUCAAAUCAAAAUUCAAGCCAGAUCAAAGAUGUUUACUUUGUGGUUUAUCCUCAAGACACAGAAAUAGUAAAGGUUGGUUGA